AUGUGUGAUGACUCGAGCGGGAAUAAAAUGAGCAAAUCGGAUACGAGAAGCACACCGGCGUCAGAACUUGAAAAGGAGGCAAUUCAAGGCAGCUCGCGGCAAAUCAGAAAUGUUCCCGUGAUAACUAUUAACGACGAUGAGAAAAGAAGCAGCCUGGCAAACUUACUACAACGCCUUCAGAAAUUAAAAAGUAAGGAGAGAAGAAAUAGUGAGAUAUCGACAAAAGUGGAUGAGCGCGUAUCGCAUGUGAAUAACAUCGUACGAAUGCACUCACCAGCGUCAUCAACAUCAUCAAAAGCAGGCGUUUCGAUUCUUGACGAUCCCGACGAGCUCACCGAUGAGCAACUUUUGGAGCAGCAUCGGCGAAUAAUGGCGGUUAUAGAAAAACGAAAGUCAAUGAAAAAUAAAGACGCAUCGAUUGUGUCUCCAGAAGUCGUGUCUCCGAGUAUUAUGGAACCACCGAAAGCGGCGAAGAGGAAAAUCGAUGAGCCGAUGAAGGUGGCGCCAAAAAAGAUCAAAAAGGAAGUGAGCGACGACAUGGAGAAAAUAAUCGAUAUUCAGUGCUCUUUAUGCAACGAAUCGUUUGAGAAGAUCAGUCGUAUACUCGAUCAUCGCCUCAAUUCGCAUGGAUUCGACGUCAUGCGCACUUGUUGGAUUUGUAAGAAAUUGAUGCCGACGAAACGGGAUAUCGAAAUUCAUCUUGCCAUUGAGCUCGCCUGCUAUCCAUGUCAGAAAUGCGGAAAAUUGUGCGACGACGCCUACGCUUGGAAUUCUCACGAGGCGAAUUGCGCCAUCACGUCGAGCCACACGCAAAACUCGAUGGAGAAUCAAACGAUGCCAGCAGUUUCACCGCAUCCGCCAACAUUCCGACAAAUUCCGGAAACGCCAACAAAUUUUGAGGCGUCCGGCCAAAAUCGAAGAAAAAGCGACGCGUUGAAAAUCGAAAUAAAGCCGGAAAUCGCGGAAUUCGACAUACCGAAUCCGUCGAGCUCGCCGCCAAAUUUUGGAAUCAAUCUAGACGAAUUGAAUAAUCGACGAGAUUCGGACGCCAAAUGUCCGAAUUGUGUUCCAAUUUCCGAUGGCAUCGACAAUCAUCUCGAUCAUCGUGAGCGUGUUCAUGGAAACGACGUGGUGGUGGUGUGCGCGAUUUGCGGGCAAAUAUUCCUCACAAGAGCGGCCGUCUAUCAACACCUCAACAUUCAACAUUGCCUAUUCGAGUGCAAAGUGUGCAAAGUUCGCCAUAAAACGGAAGAUGAGCUUCAUUCGCAUCGCUGUAAAACUACUGGCAAAAUUCCGAUUUUGUGUGUUACUUGCAAUGAUGGAAAAACGUACAAUAGUGUUGUCGAUUUGCUGCGACACCGGAAAAAUGCUCAUGGACGCGAGCAUAUGCUCAAAUGUCAUCAUUGCCCGAAGACGUUCGCAAAUCUCCGAACAAUUCGACGACAUCUUGUGCGAAACGUCUACGCACUUCACAAGUGCGUCAUCUGCAAAGAUACGUUUGAAACGUCUGAGAUGCUUGAAAAGCACAAGGUUGAUUGUAAGCAAGUGUUGCCGGUGAGCCAGAAAUAUAAAAUGGCGAUGGCGAACGAAAAGACGAAAAACGCGCUACGAUGCUCGAAAUGCGAUCGGUGUACACAAAUUCCGAGUUUGCUCAAAGAGCACGAGGCGAAUUGUCAAGGGAAACGAGCGAUCGCGAUUAAAUGCUCGCUGUGCGCGCUUCAAUUCGGCAACGUCAAAGAUUUUCUCGAUCAUCGCAAAGAUAGUCACGGCGUCGAUGCGCUUCUUGAAUGCACGGUGUGUGGUCAGCAUCGAACGACGCGCUAUUCGAUGCGCGACCAUCUGAAUUUGGAGUUUCGCAUUUACGAAUGUCUCAAGUGCGGCACGGCGCUGUCAAACCUGCUGGGAUUGUUCGAUCAUGAGACGCGAUGCAACGGAAUCGGCAAAGACACGAUUUUACACAAGGAUCUGAUAUCGUGCACGAAGUGCGGACGAAAAAGCGGCAUCGAGCAAUGCAUUCGCGAGCACGAGAGCGUUUGCGACGGCAUUUUCGACAUUGACGAUCCGAAAUGCGACAUUUGCCAUAAUGUGUUCACAUCGCUCAACGAGAUGGUCGUUCAUCGAUCGGAGGCUCAUCCCACCGCCUCGUUGACGUGCUUCAAAUGCAAUCAAGAGUUUGCGUCGAAAUCGGGAUUCGCGCAGCAUUUGGCAUUGGAGUACGAGAUAUUUCCGUGUAUCAAAUGCAACAAACCAAUGUCGUCGGUGUUGUCGUUGCUGUUGCACGAGAAAACGUGCGGCAGCAAAAUCGUUUCGGUGCGCGACUCGUCGACGCCGUUCGCGUGUCCGACGUGCCAUCGACGAAGCAGCGAGCUGAGCAUCGUCGAAGAGCACGUCAAACAAUGCGCGGGUCCCGAGAAUAUAAUCGUCAAAUGCCAUUAUUGCGACACGGUGGUUUCGUCGGUGUCGGAAAUCAUCGAGCACAUUUCGAUGGUUCACGGCGAUGAGAAAUUGCUGGAAUGCGGCAAAUGUGCGAAGCGAUUCGUCUCGAAACGCUCGAUUUAUCGGCAUUUUGUCAAGGAAUAUGGAAUUCACCGAUGUCUGAGAUGCAACGAGCCGACGUUUGGCAAUUGGGCGCUGAUGAAACAUGAGAAAAAUUGUGUGCACAAGAGCCAAACGAAAUUUGAAUGCUCGAAAUGUCGCCAUUUCACCUAUUGUCGCGAUAUUUUGUUCAAGCAUGAGCCGAUGUGUCGCGGCGAGACGCCGAUCGAGAUUCGAUGCGAAUUGUGCGUCGGCGAGAAAUGCGCGACCGUCGGCGAACUGCUUACGCAUUUGCAACGCGAGCACGGCGAAACGGCGAUGCUGACUUGCGGUAUAUGCGCGAAGGUGUUCGAUCGACGGCAAGGCAUCGAGGAGCACCUCAACACCGAGUAUCGACUCUAUCCGUGCCUUCGAUGCGGUCGCGGGAUGUCGACGAGCGCAAGAUUGGAAGUGCACGAGCAGACGUGUCGGAACACAUCGACGACGGCAAUGUGCGACGAGUCGCCGAGAGCGCUUCACGUUUACCGCGAAGCGAAACGAUGCUCGAAGUGCAAUCGAUAUAUGUUUGUGACAUCGUCCAUGAUGGAACAAUUCGCGCAGCACGAGGCGACGUGCGGCGGACGCGACGCGGCGACGACACGCGAAAUCGAGUGUCUCAUUUGCAGUGAAGCAUUCAUCGCCGUCACGGACUUGUUGUUUCAUCGGAGUAUCGUCCACGGCCCUGAAAGUGUUUUUGAAUGUCCGAAUUGUGGCAAGAAGUGCGAAACGCGUCAAGGAAUGCUGAAGCAUCUCACCGUCGAAUAUGGUAUUUUCGUGUGCUCUCGCUGCGGUAAUACGGCGUCGUCGGCUCAUCGCCUCAAACAGCACGAAAUGAGUUGCAUCGAGAUUCAGAAAACCAUCGAUUUUGAGCAAUGCAAAAUGUGCGGAAAGUAUGGACUCAAGAGAGACGAAACGCGAAAACAUAUCAGCCAAUGCGAUGGUCUCGAUUGUUCUAGACCGAUAAUGUGUCAUGUAUGCUUUCGACGAUUUGUUGACAUGUCAAGCCUUCUGGAGCACAUUUCCAAUGAGCACGGCACUGAAGAGAUGCUCCAAUGUCCAUACUGUGAGAAGACGUUUGAGACGAAACAGGGAAUACUUGUCCACUUGCAAUUGGAAUAUUCACCAUAUGCUUGCAAAAAAUGCGAGAAGAGGUGCUUUAAUGAGGAGCGUUUAAAGGAGCACAUGAGAAAUUGCACGGCGUUGGCGGUUAAUGAAUGUGAAAAAUGCAAUAGGCAAUCCCACAAUCCAGAAGCUCUUAAUAAGCAUAGCUCGCGAUGUGCUGGCAUCAGAAACGAUGAUAUUGAAAUUUAUUGUCCCUCGUGCCCUGGUUCGAGUUUUCUAUCAAUCAAUGAUAUGCUCAUUCAUCGCGUUCAAACUCACGGCGAGUCGGCGAUGCUUCGGUGCGGAAUCUGCUCGAAGAAGUAUGGAUCGAAGGCGGGAAUCGCGUCGCAUUAUGUCGUCGAGUUUCGAAUGCACGAAUGCCAAAAAUGUUUGGCGUGUUUCCGAAGCGCCGCCGAUUUGAGCGAUCACGAGGCGAAUUGUGAUGGUCCGACGACGGAAUCGACCACUACCACGCCGUUAUCAUCGACGACUUUUACUACGACUCCUUCGACGACGUCAGCGGAAAGGAAAUUCAUGGAAUGCGACAAGUGUAAAUUGUUGACGGCCAACGUCGAUGUGUUGACGGAGCACUUGGAGAAAUGCGUUGGCGAAUUGCCAGAUAUUGACGAGAUUGUGCCAAAAUGUUCCGAUUGCGCGCUUCAAUUUCUAACCGUCAGCGAUCUAUUGUUUCAUCGCAACAAAGCGCAUGGUCUCGAAGCGAUGCUGCGAUGCCAUUUUUGCGAUCGCGCGUUCACCUCGAAGAGUGGAAUCCAAUCGCACCUCUAUACAGAAUAUGGCAUCUAUCCGCCGUGUACGUCUUGUGGACUCCAUUUCGGCACAAUUAGUCGAUUAGAAUCGCAUCAAAGUGGAUGUAUGACGAAAUUUGAGGAGGCGCUCGUUGGCGUCUGCGAGAUUUGCAACAAAGGCACCUACAAUAUCGAUUUCUACGUCGAUCAUCUCGAGCGUUGCCGUCGACGGACGCAUUCAUCUGACGUCGAUAUCGAGUGUACGACGUGCGACGAGAAAUUCAUGACGGUCAUGGAUUUGGUGCUCCAUAAAAAGUAUAAUCAUACCGAGAAGGAGUUGUUGGAAUGCGCGAAAUGCGAUAAGCGAUUCGCGACGUCGACGGGAAUCUAUUGGCAUUUGAAUUUGGACUAUGAGAUAUACAAGUGCAAAUUUUGCGGACAAGUCGAGAUGACUGAAGGAUUCCUGAAUGAGCAUCAAAAGAAUUCCGAGUGUUCGAAGGCGAAAAAGUCGAAAACGAAGGCGAACACUCGAGCGGACGACGUUGGCACGUGUGCAAAAUGCGGAAUUUUGUCGUAUUUCCCGCAACACCUCGAAGUGCAUUCGGCGAAAUGCGACGGAAGCCGACGGCCGACGAAUCCCGACUCGAAACAAAUCAAAUGUUUCGAUUGUGAUGACGUAUUUCUGAGAGUCAGCGAUUUGUUGCGCCACAUCGAACUGUGUCAUGCGGACCAAACCGAAUAUCAAUGUCGAUUUUGUGAGGAUCUUUUCGACACGAAAGACGCCCUUCGAUCGCAUUAUAUAAAAGAAUUCUGCGUGUGGCCUUGUCCGAAAUGCAAAAGCGGAUUUCAAUCGGAAAAGAGUCGCGCGGAGCAUUCGGCGAGCUGCACUGCCGAAGUGCAGCUCGCGAACACGAGCAGUGGGGAAUUGAUGAAAUGCAAGGCAUGUCGAAGUUUCACGUACUCGACACCUAUUCUGAAGAAGCACGAGGCGAAAUGCAAUGGCGAGGUGCCGUUUCCACAAAAACGCAUCGAAUGCUCGAUAUGUCGCGCGAGUGCGAUCAGUGUCGGCGAUUUGUUGACGCAUCGCAACGAUGUGCACGGCGAGGCGGCGAUGCUGACGUGCGGCGUGUGCGACAAGAAGUUUGUGUCGAAACUGCAACUCUUUCAACAUUUGCCGUCGGAAUAUAAUUUGUACGGAUGUCGAAAAUGCGGAGCGCAUGCGUCAACCAAGAAGCAUAUGAAAGCGCAUCAAUGGAUAUGCAAUGGAUUGGAUGAGCCGAAAGUGUUUGUGAGCUGCGAGAAUUGCGGAAAACUGACGCUGCAGUCGGAGAAUCUCGACGAUCAUCAAUGUGGGCAAUUGGACAAAUCGAAAGAAAUUCGGUGCACAAUGUGCGAUAAAUUAUUUAUGACGAUUGGCGAUAUUCUGCAUCAUCGAAAUGUUGAGCAUGAUGAGAAAACAAUGCUGACCUGUCCGGUUUGCCAGGAGAAAUUUAGGAAGAGAUAUGAAAUUAAAAAUCACUUGGAACAUGAAUAUCGAAAACAUAAUUACGAGAAUUGCGAGAAUUGCGGAAAGGAAUUUCGAAUUGUGAAAGAGCUUCAGAAGCACAUGGCGGAAUGCAAACCGAUGAUUGAUGAGUCAAUUAAUCAAUGCUCGAAUUGUGGAGUUUUUGUGUAUAACAUGGAAAAAUUUGAGGAGCAUCAAGAAUGCUGCAAAAACUAUCCAGAUGAUAAUUUGAUUAAGUGUUUGAAAUGCCAGAAGCGAUUUUUGACGGUGCAUGAUUUGUUGCGGCAUCGGUUGGCGAAAUAUGGCAGAAAGGAAAUGCUGAAAUGCCAAAUUUGCGGGCAGAUUUUCGAUUUGCGAAGCAAAUUGGCUAACCACCUCAUAAUUGAAUAUGGCGUUCAUCAGUGCUCGAAAUGCGCGCAGCCGUUUUCGGCAAGAAGAAAAAAAUAUAAGCACGAGGCGAAGUGCGAUGGAGUGCGAAAAUUUCCGCGACGUUCGCGAAAAACCUGUCUCAAAUGCGGAAGGAAGGUGUCGAACGCGAAAUUUUUGUUCGAACACGAGCAGCUGUGCAAAAAUGACUCGCCGGCGAUUGAUUGUCAUCUAUGCGACGAAAAAUAUUUGACGAUCAACGAUCUAGUGGCGCAUUGGUGGAAAUGCCAUCCGAGAACUGAGAAAUUCCAAUGCCUCAUCUGUGGAAUAUUGUCGGCGACGAAACAUGGGUUCGUCGCACACUUGAAUAAGGAAUUUAAAAUCUUUGAUUGCAAACAGUGCAAUCGAAAUUUCGGCUGCUUAAAGCGUUUAGAGGAGCACAAAGUUGGAUGCUACUAA